AUGUCGCAGAACAACCCGGAGCUGGAUGCCCAGUCGCGGCGUCCAAAGAAGCUAAUCUUUGCUCCCGGGGAUAUUGCACCUGGAUCAGAAACUCCAAACACAUCAGAGACCACAGCGAACUCUACAUCAGCCCUCCCAUCUCACCUCGCCCCCGGUGAAACCCUUCGCUCCGACACCUCGACGCCCACCUCCACGACCGAAACCCAGAUCUUGUCCCACCCUGCCCGAGCACACCAGUUCGUGACCAAUCCACCCUUAACCGUCUCCCAAAUCCACGGCACAAACCCCCUCCGCCAAUUCAACACCUGGUUCCGUGAUCCGCGCUUGCCCGCUAGCUCGGCACCCGAGACCUGCACCCUUGCGACAGCAUCCCUGCCCUCGGGCCGGAUCAGCUCGCGCGUGCUAUAUCUGAAGGAACUGGAUGAACGGGGAUGGGUCGUCUACAGCAAUUGGGGCAGUCGGGAGGGUAAAGGUGCGCAGGUCUUCGGGCAAGAUGUCAGCGGCGGCAAUGCGGUUGGAUCAAUGCCUGAGCCCGGCGACGCAGGACUAACUGCCGGUAAUAAGUGGGGAGCUCUGACAUUCUGCUGGUCUACUGUUGAGCGUCAAGUCCGGGUGGAGGGUCUCUUGGAGCCUCUCAGUCGCGAGGAGAGCGAGCUCUACUGGCGCACCCGGGAGCGAGGAAGUCAGAUUGGUGCUUGGGCGAGCUGGCAGAGUCGUGUUCUCUGGUCUGCGGAGCCGGGGCAGAUGGAAGAGCACCAGCGCCGUAAGAGCGUUGCGAAGCUUCAGCCCGUUGAGGGAUCUAUGACUGGCGUGGAUAUCCCCGCUGAUAUCGAUCAGACGGAUGUUGAUGACGGGCGAGCUUUGCUUGAGAAAUUGGUUCAGGAAAUGGAGAAGAAGUUUGAGGGCGUGGAGCAGAUUCCUCUACCUCCUUUCUGGGGUGGUGUGAGACUGGUUCCUGAGUCUGUGGAAUUCUGGCAGGGUCGUCGCAGUCGACUUCAUGAUCGAUUCCGAUAUGUCCGCAUUGAUGGCGCAGCGGCGUCACAGCGUGAACCUCCUCGAGCUCCUCCCUUCCACCCUCAUCUACACAAAAUCUCGCUAUAUACUACUUCAUCAAUCCCCUUGAACAUAGCUGCCGGUCCAGCUUGGGUAUAUAUACAGCAUGUCUUCUCCAGCGCCCCCGAAAUCCACCACCUCCCCCUGGAUCGUCCUCGCCAUAGCCAGCGGCGCCUUCGCCGCGUUGAACGGACUCUUCGCGAAACUUCCUUGUAUCCACGAGAACCCCCAAUUGACCACCGCAGUACAACGGACAACCACACCACAGCCUUCGCGCAAUCCCUCGCCCACCUCUUCGGCCUCGACUCCUCCCCAUUCCUAGAACUCCUCGUCCGCGGCGCAUGUCUCGGUCUCAACGUCCUUUGCAACAUCAUCAUGUGGGCGCUCUUCACCCGCGCGCUCACAGCCGGUCCAUCGACGACAAAGGUCUCCAUCACAAACACCGCCUCUAACUUUUUGGCAACGGCUUUCUUGGGUAUGAUUGUUUUUCAGGAGGCGGUCGGGGGAUUGUGGUGGCUGGGUGCGGCGAUGAUGGGUGCUGGGUGUAUCUUGGUUGGGAUGCGUGAGGGGGCGUAG